AAGCACAGCAAAGCAAAACAUGGCGAAUCAAGCAGCCAAUUCUUCUUCUUCUACUGAUCAUUACGCAUACGAGGUGUUCCUGAGUUUUAGAGGCCAGGAUACACGCUCUAAUUUCACCAGUCAUUUACACAACGCUUUGCAUCAGAAGGGUAUCAAGACCUUCAUAGAUGAUGAACUUCCUAGAGGAGAAGAAAUAUCACAAGAGCUUCUCAAAGCAAUUGAGGACUCCAAGAUCUCAAUCAUCGUCUUCUCUCAAAACUACGCUUCCUCAAGGUGGUGUUUGGAUGAGCUCGUCAAGAUCCUUCAAUGCAGAAAAUCAAACCGACAAACGGUUAGACCCGUUUUCUACAAGGUGGAUCCCUCGGAUGUGCGACACCAAACAGGUGCUUUUGGUGCGGGAUUUGCUAAACUUGAUCAAUGCAAAUACAGGGAUAGCCUGAGCAAAUGGAAGGCAGCUCUUUCAAAAGCAGCAAGUUUGUCUGGAUGGACUUUCUCGCAUGGCAAGAAUGAGUCAAAGUUUAUCAACGAGAUUGUUAAUGAGCUGUCAGACCAAGUAUUGAACUGUUCAUAUGAUCUGGAUGUGGCUAAAAAUCCAGUUCGAAUAGAGUCUUGUGUUCAAGAUAUGGAGAAGCUUUUAAAUGUCGAUGAUAAAAAUAUUGUUCGCAUGGUCGGGAUAUGGGGGACUGGUGGAAUAGGUAAGACAACAAUUGCUAAGGCGGUCUAUAAUCUAAUUUCCCAUAAGUUCGAAAGUAGAUGUUUCUUGGCAAAUGUCAGAUCAAAAUCAGCGAACCAAGAAGGCUUGGCCCAAUUGCAAGAGACUCUUCUGCAAGAUCUUCUAAGGGAAAAAAACUUGAAGGUGAAUGAUGUAUCCAAUGGAGUAAAUGUGAUAAAAAGAAGGCUUGCCCAGAAAAAAGUUCUCUUGAUUCUUGAUGAUGUGAGUGAUUUGGAACAAUUAAACUACUUAGCUCGAGAGUCUAAUUGGUUUGGAUGGGGCAGCAGAAUUGUCAUAACAACAAGAGAUAAGCAUUUACUAAAUGCUCAUCAAGUUUGUUCAGUAUACGAGGUCAGGAUGUUAGAUGAUGAUGCUGCUUUGGAGUUGUUUAGUUUGAAUGCAUUCAAAAGAAAUCAACCUCCAAACAAUUACUUGAAACUUGCAAGACUUGCAAUAUUUUAUGCCCAAGGCCUUCCAUUAGCUUUGAUAGUUUUGGGCUCUCAUCUAAUUGAUAGAAGCAUAGAGCAGUGGGAAGUUGCAUUAGACAGUUCUAAAAGAGUUCCUCAUAAGAAGAUACAAGACAUUCUUAGAGUUAGUUUUGAUGCACUGGAAGAUCAUCUAAAAACUCUAUUUCUUGAUAUUGCUUGUUUCUUUAAUGGUAAUACGGUAAACCAUGUGAUACCCAUACUAGAAGCUUGUGAUCUCAACCCGGUGAUUGGCAUUGAACUACUCAAAGAAAAGGCCCUAAUAACAAUGGAUGGAUGUAAGAUUUGGAUGCAUGACCUGAUAGAAGAAAUGGGUAAAGAAAUAGUUCAUCAAGAAUCAUCCGAUCUACCUGGCGAACGUAGUAGAUUAUGGAUAGGUGAGGACGUGGACCUCGUUCUAACAAAUAACAUGGGAACAAAUAAAAUUAAAGGCAUCCAAGUAUGGUCGGCAACAGAUGAGAUAUGUUUAAAUGGCAAAAGCUUUUCAGAGAUGAAAAGUCUUAGAUAUUUUGUGAGCAGCUAUGAGGCAUCCUAUUCUGGAGAAAUUGAUUAUCUUUCCAAUGAGUUGAGGUGGCUUGAUUGGCCUCUAUGUCCAUUGCAGUCUUUUCCAUCCAAUUUUUAUCCAAAGAAACUUGUUGCGCUGAAUAUUCCUGAUAGUCGCAUCACACGAUUAUGGGAGGGAUUUAAGAAUUUGCAAAGUCUAACAUCAAUGGAUUUAAGUGCUUGUGAAUUCUUAACCGAACUCCCAGACUUCACAGGAAUCCUCAACUUAAAAGAGCUGCAUUUAGAUGGCUGUAAAAGGUUAGUUGAGGUUCAUCAUUCUGUCGGAUCGCUUAAUAAGCUUGUUACCUUGAAUCUUGACGACUGCUCUAAUCUUGUUAAGUUGCCCAGAGAAAUUAGCUUAACAUCUAUUGAAACUAUUUGUCUUCGCAAUUGCGAAAGACUCACAGAAUUUCCAAAAAUUAUUGGAAAGAUGGCUUCCUUAAGGUAUUUGGAUCUAUCAGGCAGUGGUGUUAAAGAAUUGGAUCCAUCAAUUGGAAAACUCAUUGGACUUAAAGAGUUAUAUUUAGAAAAAUGUGCAAAUCUAAGGACUCUGCCAUGCAGCAUUUAUGGUUUGCAAAAUGUAGAGAUACUUGAUCUCAGUGGAUGCUCAAAACUUGCCACAUUUCCAGCAAAAACCAACAUUUUCCAAGACAAUGGUGUCUCUUUAUCACUUCCCAAGUUAGAGGUUUUUCGAAUAGGUGGAUCCAGUUUAUUAGAUGUUGAUUUCCUCACAACUCUUGAUUGCUGGGAAACAUUAACUGAACUUGAUCUGUCAUAUAACUAUUUUAGUAAUCUUCCUUCAUGCAUUAGCAAAUUCGUGAAUUUGUGGAGGCUUGAGUUGGAUUGUUGUAGGUCACUCCGGGAAAUUCCAGAGCUUCCACCAAAUCUAGUUGAGAUAAACCUGAGUGAUUGCAUAUCACUGGAGAGAUAUGCAAAGUCGUCAAAGAUGUUGGAACAUAAAGAAACAGAGGGGAUUAGAAGGAUUAACUUGUGGAAUUGCCACCUGGGCUUGAGCAUGGAAAAGAUGAAACGUAUUUUACUGAAUAAUCAGGAGAAGUUCCCAUUUGGUGUUGUAUUUCCCGGAAGUGAGGUUCCAAACUGGUUUUCCAAAGUCGAACUGAAUGACACAGAUCAACUGUCUAUUAGAAUCCCUGAAAAUCUGAAAUGGGAGAACACAGGAUUGGCUAUUUGUGCUGUUUCUGAAGAAGGUGGGCUAAACUAUUUUGGUGCUGAUAUUUUCAUUGGUGAUAUACGCAUAGGUCGCUGUCGGCCCUGGACCUUUUCAAGACCAAGUUUGCGUUCAACAUCAGAUCAUGUCUGGGUGCAGUAUAUUCCAUUACCUGUUAAAAUGAAGGCAAAGAUGAAGCGAAAGUAUUGGUGGCAGCCUUAUGAGUGUCGCAUUCAAUUUGACCUUGCGCUUUUUAACUUUACAGUGAAAAGCUAUGGGGUUCACUUAGUCACUCCUGGCAAUGAGACUAGUAUGCUUUCAUGGCUGCAAAAGAGGUCUUAUUAUGAAACUUUAUGAGUGGAAGGCGCUUUCGCCAUCUCGGAAACGUUACCGCCCCAUCUAGGAACAACCAUCAGUGGUAUCCUCAUCGUUGACGUCCUGCACUGCUCCUAUUACUCCACUACUCCAACAUGAGCCAACUGAGUUGUAAAUCAUGGUUUUCUUUUUCUUGGAGCAGUAUAUAUUUCCAAUAAUGAUUAUCACCAUCAAGAGGAGGAGUAGGAGCAACCAAUAUUAGUAAUGAUUCCUUCAAAACGACACUGCACUGAGGAGCACCAUCGAUGGCUCAUGAAACGGAUCAUCUUCCCAUCCCCAUCAUCUUCCCAUCCUCAGAUAUGCGGUGGAAUCCACCGGCUCAAAUCUUCCAGACUUCUGCUUGGCAAGCAAAUGUUGACGCUCUUUCCAACUUACAGUCGACUCUUGCGAAUCGCCUACCUCACAAUCCACUCCAAAGCUCCAACAACAAUAAUGCAGUAUGCAUUUAGAAUGUUAUUUCAGAGACAGAGGUUUGAAGCCAAAACUUGACAAUCCAACUGCUCGAGCUUCAAAGUGCGAGAAGCUGAUCAAGAUUUCAACAGUUUUCAGCGAUCAAGUGGGGUGAUUGACAAGAGUUUUCUGAUAUUAUAAGCAAGUGACAUGUUGCGCUUUAGAGUCUGCUGCAAGAUCAGGCUCUCUCCAACAAGGUUUUCUAUUUAUCAGAACUGAUCAACUUAUAUUUUGCUUACUAGGAGAAUAUGGGUGGUAGUCAGCUAGCUAGGACAUGCAAAUUAAGUGGGGACUACAGAUUUUCCACUCAGAAAGGUUACAGACUCUAGCCAAGUUGGCUACAAGCUGAUUGCACACCCAACGGAAUAUGAGACAACCGCAAACAAGCUAGAAGAAAAGGAUCUGGCUACGAAGAGGACGAUUGGUUUGGGUAAAGAACGUGAUGGGCUAUACUAUUUGGUGGCACUAGCGACGGAGCAAACCAAACCUUCCAUUACCAGACCUUCCAGAUCAUCUUGCAACCUUGCCAUUUCCUC